CUUUUCUACUGUGUAGCCUUUCUUUGUUUCUUUCUGUCUUGCCGAACUUGGGGCAUGCAGAGGUUCUGGGACUAGGGCUCGAACCUGCGCCACAGCUGUGACUCAGGCCACAAUGGUGAAAACACCAGAUCCUUAACGCGCUCUGCCACAGGGAACUCUGGUAUAGCCUUUCUGUAAUUCCGUUUUGGCCUUUAGUUGUGUGCUCAGGAAAGAAAGGAAACAGUUCAGAUGCUGGGGUUAAUUUCUUGGCCCUUUAUUACUCUUAAAGAGCAUUAGUGCCUUUAACUUGGAAGAAGGUUAGUUCAUUUGUAAAGCCCAUAUUGUAUGACUAGGCCUUUAUUUAGGUGUAGGUUUGAUUCCAUUAGGAACAGAGAAUAUGCUUACUCUAGAGCAGUUCUGUUCAAUAAUAGGAGCCCCAUGUGUGACGUGACAUUUUGCAACAGCCACAGUAAAAAAGGUAAGAGGCAGGUGACAUUUGUUUUAGUAAUAUACUUUACUGAACCCGAUAUGUCAAGAUAUUAUCCCAGCAAUGAAAUUAAUAUAAAAAUAAUGAGACAUUUUACAUUUUUUGUUUUGUACCCUGUCUUGGACACCUGGUGUGUCUUUUACACUUAGAGUACGUGUCAUUUUGCACUGGUCACGUUGUAGGCACUCAGUAUGGCUAGAUGUGGCCACAGGCCUGUCUUGGACAGACCAGUCCAGAGCAUUUGGGAGAAUUCAGAAAGGUAGAUCGAAAACCACAGCUAAAGCUUUGCCAACAGAGACGUGUCUGCCAAUAUUUUAACCAGCUUCUGCCAGCCUUCUUUUCCUGGGUCUGCUUUUUGGUAGUGUUGGUGUUAUGACUGAGAUAGUACAGGAGGGCCAGGUUUGCAGUGUGCUUUGUGAUUGAUCCCCAAUCCGCAGUUGGUUCGAGGGCCGCGGGUCUACUGGAAAGAGCACCUGAACGAGAGACCAUUAGUCGACCUGGCUUCAGCCGCAUUGAUGCCGUUAGGUAGUUGCUUAGCCCUCUGGCAGUUACUUCACCUGUAUGGGCACCUUUUCCCUCUCUGUGGAGCUGAAACACAUGGUGUUUGCUUCAUCUGAAGCUGAGAAGCUGCAGCUUAUUGAUGAUGAGUUUGCAGGUGCUCACCCUCAGCACCCAAAGUUAGAAUCUUUGGAAGUCAAGUUAAACGAAUAUAAGAGAGAACUAGAACAGCAGCUCCGGGCAGAAAUGUGUGAAAAGUUGAAACAUUUUAAAGAUACUGAAAUAGCAAAAAUUAAAAUGGAAGAGAAAAGAAAAUGUGAGAAGGAAUUGACUGAUUUCCGGAAUGAACUUGAGAGAACCUGUCAAGCAAAAUCUGAAGCCCUCAUUUCUCGGGAAAAGAUGACCCUUGAGAGAAUUCAGAAGCAUCAGGAGAAUGAAACGAAAGAAAUUUAUGCUCAAAGACAGCUACUGCUAAAAGAUAUAGAUUUGCUGAGAGGCAGAGAAGCAGAGCUGAAGCAAAGAAUUGAAGCUUUUGAAUUGGCCCAAAGGCUACAAGAAGAGAAAAAUAAAAGUGUGAUCGAUGGGCUUAGGAGGCGGGAGCUGAACAUCCAGAGUAUGGAGGAGACCUACGAUCAAAAGCUCAAGAACGAACUGCUAAAGUAUCAGCUGGAACUGAAGGAGGACUACAUCACUAGAACUAACAGGCUGAUUGAAGAUGAAAGGAGGAAUAAAGAAAAAGCUAUCCAUUUGCAAGAGGAGCUCACAGCCUUUAAUUUUAAAAAGGAAGAAUUUGAUCGUUCUGUAAAUCGUGUGAAAGAGCUUGAGCUCGAGUUAGAGUCCGUCAAAGCCCAGUGUUCGGCACUAACAAAGCAAAACCACGUACUGAGGGAAAAGGUUGAAGAGAUGGGUGACUAUUCACGACUAAAAGAAGGGAAACUGGAGCUGCAGACGCAGAAUAAACUGCUUAAAAAACAAGUGGAAGAGAUGAAAAACGAAAACUUGCGUCUCCUCAGCCGCAUAACUGAGCCAUCUCCUGAGCUGGUGAUUUUCCAGAAAGAAUUAAAGAAAGCAGAAAAUGCUAUCAUGCUUGAGCAUAAGGAGUUUGAAACCCACAAGCAAGCUCUUCAAAAACAGCUGCAAAGCGAAAUUGAGCAUUCCGCCCAGCUGAAGGCCCAGAUACUGGAUUACGAUGCUUCUGUCAAGAGGUUAACUAUGCAGGUUACUGACUUAAAGUUGCAGCUUAAACAAACUGAGACAGCCUUGGAGAAUGAAGUGUACCGCAACCCAAAGCCAUCUCUGCUCAGUCGCUCCGUCAGCAGGUUAAUGGGCGGCAAGAUGGGGCCCCUGGAUGGUGACAUAAGCGGGGAUUUCUUGAAAAACCCUCUGAGACAGGACGAGCUGCUGGCAGGCACAGUUACACCAUGGAUCCCAAGUUACCCCAGUGCAAGCCCAGAGGGCAGUUCCCCUGAUUCUGACCUGGAAUUUGUAGCUAGCACCAAGGCUCGGGUGAGAGAGCUGGAGCAAGAGGCCGAGCGCUUGGAAAAAGCUUUCCAGAACUAUCAUCAAAGGGUCAAUCAGUGCCCCGCCAAGAGCCCACUGGAAGCCAGGAGCCCAUCCCUACUGCACCUACUGGGGAAUCUCAAGAACAUCCUUCCAAGUGCCCCCGACAGGGGUGUUUUUCCCAAGGACCGAGUCGCAUCUCAGCAGCCUCAGAUGAGCGAGCGGCGAAAGGACAAGAGCGAAGUGUCCGAGGUGACCAGCAGCGCGGCCUGCAGGUCACGCAAGGGUGAGGCCUCCAGACGCCUCUCCUCCACUCCCGUCCGCAGAGCGAGGAGAAGCCUUGAUGGUGAGAUGUUCCUGGAAGGUUUGGGCUUGUCCUGUGCCGACAGAACGCCGCAGCCUUCACCUGCUGAGUCCUGGCACAGCCUCUCCGUGCACUCACGUUCCAGCCCAGCAGAGCUGAAGACCAGUCUUUAUCAAAGACAAAUGGAACUUGAGAAAAACCAAUUUGCAAAUUCGGACAAGCCAGCUUUUAAGGAUAAUGAGGAAUUUGAAGCAUCAUUUGAAUAUGCGGGGAACACGCCCAGGCAGUUUGAGAUGGACGGCCUCCUUCCCGCUGGCGACAUGCCUCACAUGGAUGGUGCCGCAGCCGCUCUGCCCACCAGGGCUGUCUCCUGUCACUACCCCAGCGUUGAUCCGAAACCACUUGGAGAACAGAAGGAUGAAGAGGAAAUAUGGGAACAACAAGCAAGAGAACUAAGGCAGGGAGGGGAGGGGAGGCAUAUCGAGCAGCAAGAAGCUUUGGAAAGGGGGCGGAGAGAACUCGAAAAGCUGGAUCAGGAAAGGAGGCUAAUUGAAGAAUCGUUGAAGAUGGAAAUGGAAAAAGAAUUCGAAGUCCUGAGUCCUCAGGAAAUGAAAGACAAAUCUAAAUCUAUUUGUGGUGAAAAUCCUUUAGAGAAAUACAUGAAAAUCCUCCAACAGGGUAAAGACCAGGACUCAGGAGAUAAGAGUUCAAAAAAGAUGGCCAGAGAGGGCUCACAAGUGGACACAUUGCCAUCUAGUGACAAAGACGAAAGUUUCACAGGCUUUUCUCCUGAAGAACCAGAUGACUCUUGGUAACUGCUUGGUGCCCAGCUGCUUAACUAAGAUAUUGGAACGAAAGGCCUGUGAGUUCACUGUAAUGAGACAUAAUUCUCAAUAAAAAUUCACGUGCGA